AUGUCUCCAAGUAUGCCCGAGUCGCCGGUAGAGACCAGUGAUAUCUCGGUGGUUAGCCAGGAAGCCAUCGGUGAAAAGACCCCUGCUACUGUGCUUGCUACCAAAGAUGAGCAUUCACUCGAUGACAAUGACUCCGACAGCAAUCCGGAUGCGAUCAUCCGUACUGGUGCUGACGCAGCUCUUCAUCUGCUGUCUCUUCGAGAUGACUUUGACAAUGUCUUAACCUUUCGCAGUAUAUUACUUGCGUCUGGCCUUGCGUGUUUCCAGGCUGUGAUGAACCAGAUCUAUCAGUUCAAACCGACUCUGGUUACGAUUCAGGGAACCUUCAUCGUGCUCAUCUCUUACUUCAUCGGUAAUGCCUGGGCUAAAUUUCUUCCCCGUGGCGACAAAUUCGAAGCUCGCUGGAGGGCGAAAGGUGGCCAGGGAAACCUACCUUGGUUGAUCAAGGUGAUCAAAUUUGUUAAUAAUGGGCCAUGGAGUCUGAAAGAGCACGCAAUCUGUUCAAUCACUGCUACAUCGGCCUCGAAUGCUGCGCCUACCUCAACUGUGUUUGCAGCACAGGAUCUAUUCUACAAUCUUCCCCUGAGCGCUGCAACUGUGAUAUUGAGUACUAUCUCCAUCGGCCUAUUUGGCUACGGGAUCUGCGGAAUUCUGCGUCCUAUUGCUGUCUGGCACACCGAGGCAGUCUACUGGAGUAGUUUGCCUACCGUCAAGACUCUCCAGGGACUUCAUUGGCAGGAAGUCAAAAACUCGAAACCGCUUCGAUACUUCUGGUAUGCAUUCACUGGCAUGUCGAUAUACGAGAUUAUUCCUGCCUACAUCUUCCCGUGGCUAAACUCUGUUUCCAUUCCUUGUCUGGCUGCACAAAAGGCCACUGGUGAAACUGCUGCCGUACUCAACAAUAUCUUCGGUGGAGCUACCAACAAUCAGGGCCUUGGCCUGUUCACGUUUUCAUUCGAUUGGCAAUAUAAGCAGCUCACAUCUUUCCAAACCUCGCUCCCUCUCAAACUACAAAUUCAUCAAGCCGUCGGACUCUUUUCCUGUUUUAUUAUUAUGAUUGGCAUAUAUUACGGCAAUGGCUGGAAUUCGAGAUCACUCCCAUUCAUGUCGUCGAGACUGCUUACAAACGAAGGCACCAGAUACCCCCUGACGGAAGUUUUCCCCGGUGGUGUCCUCGACGAGGCCGCCCUUCUUAAAAAUGGCUUGCCGAGGAUCACUGGAACGUUCGCAUUCGCGCUUUUCAUGGCCAACGCAGCAAUGGGUGCCUUGAUCGUUCAUUGCUUCAUAUUCUGGGGCAAGGAUAUCCGGCGGGCAUAUAAAAGCGCGAGAGAGGGUAGAUAUGAUGAUAGACACCAUUCGCACAUGGCAAAGAAUUAUAAAGAGGCUCCGUGGUGGUGGUAUAUCAUCGUCCUUGUUGGCAGCUUUAUUCUCGGUAUCAUUGUGACUGUGAAAGAGAACAUCACCUUGUCAGUUUGGGCAUAUGUUAUCGCACUGCUGCUAGGAUGCAUUAUCGCCCCCUUUAGUGUCAUCCUCUUUUCUCGCUACGGCAAUGGUAUUGCUACCAAUAAUUUGUCAAAAAUGCUGGCUGGACUCAUCCUUCCUGGACGCCCGAUAGGUAACAUGUACUUCGCUGCUUGGUCGCAUAACGUCAUUUCAAAUGCGGUUAAUCUUUCCAAUGAUCUGAAGAUGGGCGAAUACCUGAAAAUCCCUCCUCGUAUCAUGUUCCUAACGCAAAUAUAUGGAACAGUUCUUGGUGGCUUCGUGAACUACGCCAUUAUGAGCUCUAUUGUGUCAAGCAAUCGAGAUCUUCUCGUCGAUGGUAAUGGAAACUCCUCUUGGAGUGGUGCAACUAUACAAUCUUACAACACCAAUGCCGCAUCGUGGGCUCUGGCUCCCUAUAUCUAUAAGGUCGGUACCCCAUAUGGGGCUGUACCUCUAGGUCUGGCCGCUGGCGCUGCUGCUGUGGUUAUUCACCGUAUCUUUUAUCACUUUGUGCCGAAAAUUGGGAAGUUUGACGUCUCGGAUAUCAAUCUACCACAGUUCAUCCAAUACGCCGGAUUUAUUCCCUACAACCAAACCCAGACCUGCGUCAUUUUCACCUGGAUCACUGCCGGGUUCUACGUUCAGUAUUAUCUCCGGAACUACCGACCGCGAAUUUUCAAGGACUAUUCAUAUCUGAUUACGGGUGCCUUUGAUGGCGCUAGUCUGACGGUUCUCUUCGUCCUCUCAUUUGCUGUUUUCGGGGCUGGUGGAGUUUCGCACCCAUUCCCAGCGUGGUGGGGAAACAACGAGAAUGGGAACUAUGAUUGGUGUCCUGUAGCAGAGUAG